CGACUACUUGAAUGUGUGAGGAAAAACUGACCAGUUCUAAAGAAUGAUCUAUAGCACAAUGGACGCAGGAACGUCAUUUUGUCGCUCAUUGCUGCUGGCUUUACUUGUAUUCUCGGUGACCCAAGAGGCGCGAGAAUUGCUGUGUUAUUGUGAGCGAUGUGUGAAUCGGACAUGUAACACAACCGGCCUGUGUUAUGCGGUCAUCACAAAGUCUGCCGGACAGAUCGUAAUACAGGAUGGUCAGUGCAUUCAUCAAGAUCUACUUUACCCACCGGACAGGCCUUUCCAGUGCGCCUCUUCCAACAACGGCCAGCAUCCGUACUGCUGCGACACUAACAUGUGCAACAAGAACCCAAAAGUGAACCCAGAGUUGCCAGAUACUGAACCCCCGUCUCUGAGUCCUGUAGCCUUGGCUGCAGUGAUUGCCGUCCCCAUCUGCGUGCUGAGCUUCAUUCUGGUGCUUCUCUUCUACAUGUGCCAUAAUCGCUCCAUCAACCACCAUCGUGUGCCAAGUGAGGAAGACCCCACUAUGAACCACCCAUUCCUCGCUAACGGCACCACGCUAAAGGACCUCAUUUAUGACAUGACCACUUCUGGAUCAGGCUCAGGUUUACCACUGCUAGUGCAAAGGACCAUCGCCAGAACCAUCAUUCUCCAGGAGAGCAUAGGGAAGGGGCGAUUUGGAGAGGUGUGGAGGGGCCGCUGGCGUGGAGAAGAGGUGGCAGUGAAGAUCUUCUCCUCCAGAGAGGAGCGCUCUUGGUUCCGUGAGGCGGAGAUUUACCAGACUGUCAUGCUUCGUCAUGAGAACAUCCUGGGCUUUAUUGCUGCGGACAACAAAGAUAACGGCACAUGGACUCAGCUGUGGCUGGUUUCUGAUUACCAUGAGCACGGCUCCUUGUUUGACUACCUGAACAGGUACACGGUCACAGUGGAGGGCAUGAUCAAGCUGUCUCUCUCCGCUGCCAGCGGUCUAGCUCAUCUACAUAUGGAGAUUGUGGGCACUCAGGGUAAGCCUGCAAUUGCCCAUCGUGAUCUGAAAUCUAAAAACAUCUUAGUGAAGAAGAAUGGUACCUGCUGCAUCGCUGACCUUGGAUUGGCUGUGCGCCACGACUCGGCCACAGACACCAUUGACAUUGCACCCAACCACAGAGUGGGCACUAAAAGGUAUAUGGCCCCUGAGGUGCUGGAUGACUCCAUUAACAUGAAGCACUUUGAGUCUUUUAAAAGAGCAGACAUCUAUGCCUUGGGUCUGGUGUUCUGGGAGAUUGCUCGCAGGUGUUCAAUUGGAGGCAUCCAUGAGGACUACCAGUUGCCCUAUUAUGACCUUGUACCCUCUGAUCCAUCAGUAGAGGAUAUGAAGCGUGUCGUUUGUGACCAAAAGCUUCGUGCCAACAUCCCUAACAGGUGGCAGAGCUGCGAGGCCCUGCGUGUGAUGGCAAAGAUCAUGAGGGAAUGCUGGUACGCCAACGGUGGGGCUCGUCUCACUGCGCUGCGCGUGAAGAAGUCGCUAUCCCAGCUGAGUCAACAAGAGGGCAUCAAGAUAUAGAGCAACAAAUCAUCAUCUUUACACUGCCUAUCCACUCCCUCCCCUCAUCUAGAGGGGUGAGCGAGGGUGCUACAUCCUCUGUGGAGGCUUACGAUAAUCAGGGAUAUCGAGGGACCAGAAGCAAUUGGUGUUGUUCCCUGUCGUCCAUGAAAAGAUAUGUCCUCAUCAUGCAAAACCAUUUCAAACCAACUUAACCAGGAGUCAGUCAGUCACCCAUGCUUCAACUGGUGAGUCACCAAACUAACAACAGGCAGCCACUCGGUGUCAUUGAUGUGCUUUGCUGGACUUGAGCCUUUAUGGACUUAGUUCUGUAUAUAGCCUGUUGUCUAAAGAUGUACAUAUUUGUUUCUGGACUUGCUUGUGUUUAUUUGUAUGCUCAAAUAUUGACAGGUAUGCGUACACAGAGCCACACACUACAUAUAUAUGUAGUCCGUGCUUUGUUUUUUUUUUGUCCCAGAAAGUGCCACUGCUCUGAAUCAGUCGUGUUUAUCAUAUUUGGUAAAAAAAGGGAUCUUUGUAGGUAUCGAGUAUAUUUACAGUGGAGGUCAGAUUAACCACAAGCACUUGUUUGCAAACAACUCAGCAGUUGAAGGAUCAUAACAUUGACUCAAACGUCUCACCUAAGAGUGGUUUUGUAAUGUGACUUCACCGACAUACUCGCUUUCCAGACAAAGAGCGAGCGAGGGCAGCAUAUUCAGCACAAUCGCACUGCAUAUUAGAAGCAGCCUGUGGUGUUGCCUAAAGGGACUAGUUCUUAAAGAAUCAGACACAAAACUGGGUCAGUCAUUAAAACCAUUUGUACAAAGGCCAACCCAGCUACAGCACAUUCGUGUUAUUGUAAAAAGAAUGUGUAUGUUGUUUUUUUAAUGCCCAUUUGAAAAGAUGAUGGUUUUGUGAUGGUCAGAGUAUACAUUUCUAUAGUCCAAUUUACUGUUUUCAUUCAUGCUGCUAGAGGCAUUAAGAGAAUAUUGACACAUGUAGCUCAAAAAGAUGCAAACCUAUCUAUUGUAUUUUUCUCUGUGCAUAUAGUCUGUACAUGUUCAUCGGCUUGAGUUAUCCAGUUUUAGUUGUUUUGCUGGAAGCACUGUUUUUACGGAGCCAUUUUCAUUCAGAUCAGUACAAGACACCAUUUGGAUCGUUUUAAAUUGUGUGACCUCACUCAUAGUUGAGCAACUGUCAUUAGGCUGCUGUGUAUCUUGUGGACGUAUCGUGUAAUUCUGCGUCUGUAUUUGAUCAAGUUAAGCAAUAAGUGCUCCUUUGAUUAUUAUUUUAUUUUAUAGCUGGAGAGUAAGAGUGCUGAGAGUCAAUGAAUGUGAUCUCAAGAGUCUCUCUCUGUGAUCUCAAGUCUAGACAUUUUUGAGUUUUCUAUCUUUAUUUUGAAAUUCAAAUAUAAAGGAUCUUUGGGGAUGUCCUUCAGUUACGUCACGUGGAAAUCUCAUAUUCUCUGCACCAAAGAUACUGAAAGAUUAAGAUGUGAAGGAAAAAUAAAUGUCGUGGGUUUGGAAGAACAUGAGGGUAAGUAUAUUAAUGGCAAUUGUCAUUUCUCCAUCACUCUCCUGACUCUGGCAUUUCCUUAAUGAAUUAAUGAAUGCACAAAAGGCUUGGAAAUGAUGUAGGAUACAGCCAGGAACACUUUUGCUGUGUUCUCCAGUGCAUGAUGCAAAUACAAGUGCCUCGAUUUUAUAAAGAUUUGUUUCACAAGCCCCCAAAUGUAAAAUAACUAUUUCCUGGUAUAUGAAGGUCAUCGUACCUCUGUCAUACCUCCUUUGUUCAUUCCAAGGUCCUUGUUUAUGCGCAGACAAAUGUUGCUAUUCAGUUUCCUCUAACAAAGUCAUUCCAGAAGCCUUUUUGUAUUGAGUGCCUACUCUACAGUUGGUGUAAAUGUAAUUAGACAUUGAAGCAUCUUACAAGAUCCAGAAAUAUAAUUUUGAAAAACACUACUGUGCAAAACUGAAACAUGAUUAAUGUCAAAGCAUAUUACCUCUUUGGACCAAUGUGAUCAUUUACCUCAGUGUAUAUAAAGGUUUAUUCAUGUAGAUGUGACAUUGAUUUGUACAAAGUGCUUGCAUUGAAAAAAGUCUCUGUUUUAUUUGUUUCUCUGGAAGAAAUUGUCAGUGCUAGUAUUCGAGUUCUCUCCUUAAUAUUUCAAACACAAAUGAGAGGCAUUUGAGUCUUAUUUGCUUCUUCGGUGUCAUAUUGUCAUUCAGUGUUUGGCUGUAUUUGGAUGAUAAUAUGAAUGCUCAAAGAAUUGUAAUGGAUGUCUCUUUUUCUGUCUGUUAAACUUGUAAAUUUGGAAUGCAUGUUAAUAAAUAGGUACUUAUUUUACCUGAAAAA